UGCUGUAUCAAAUUGGCUCAAAUUAAGAUCCUACAUUGAAGUGAAGUGGUAUGAAUUACUGAACAUUAGAUCAGUUAUAUUAUUUUAGUGUGUAUGUCUCUCGCAGAUCACUCCCAUCUAUUUGUCCAUACCCUCAGUCUGCAGUGUUAUCAUUGUUCAUUUACCUCACUAUUUUCAUUACUCACUAUUAUAGGUGAUGUGGGGUGAUGUAGCGGUGGAACUUGAUCCCAAAGAAACUGGAAAACUUGUCACAAGUGCUAAUAAGAAGGAGUUUGUUGACACCUAUGUGAACUACAUCUUCAACCAGUCAGUAGAGGUGGUGUUUGAAGAAUUCAGGAAAGGCUUCUUCAAGGUGUGUGACAAGGACGUGGUGGAGUUCUUCCAGCCAGAGGAACUGAGGGGAGUGAUGGUGGGGAAGGAGAAUUUCGACUGGGAGACGCUGAAACAGAACACUGUGUAUGAAGGAGAGUACCAUGCUGGGCAUCCCAACAUCGUCACAUUCUGGGAGGUGUUUGAGGAACUGACAGAGGAUCAAAAGAAAGCAUUCCUGUUGUUCCUGACUGGCUGUGAUCGUGUGCCCAUCCUGGGUAUGAACCAGAUCAGGAUGCGGGUCCAACCCCUUCUCAACUCCUCCCAACAGCAUUUCCCAGAGGCGCUGACCUGUCACUCUCUGUUGCAGCUGCCCAUCUACCCCUCCAAAGAGAUACUACAGAGCAGGCUUAUAGAGGCUGUUGGCCACAACAGAGGCUUCUGGAAUGAAUAAUGGGUAUAUAAUGUUGCUGCUGUAUAUACUCCUCUCCUGUGUUCAUAUUUUCAUUGUUCCAUAGUUGGGUUUAAGAUUUGGAUUGUUUUAAUGUAGGGUUGUAUUUCAAAUCCUAACUUGAGAUCUGUGCGGUACUAUGACAUUAUCAUAUUGCAUUCCACAAAUUUUAUUAAAACAUUUAUAAAU